GUCUGCUCUGACAGUGAACGGUUUCAGGAGCACUGGAGAGCCGGAAUGAUGGCGCUGGCUCGGAUGACUAUUGCGCUUUUCCACCUGGGUUUUAGUAUAAGCGCCAGUGUACUUGAGAAUAGCAUCGCAGAUGUUCCAGGUAUUCCCUCAAUAGCCGUACAUUUUUCUACCAAAGGUCGUUAUGAAGAGGUGAACACGUACUUGAUCAACGACAUACUGGCGGUGAAUGCAACUUUACCCCUGUUGCCCUCCGCUGAGUGCCGGGCAGUUCACCUGACUGCGGUCAUACGACACGGCACUCGGUACCCCACCACCAAAAAUGUCAGGAAGAUGAGGGACUUUUAUGACCUGGUGCAAACCAAUGCCUCAGACUGGAUGCAGGCAGUGGGUUUGUCUGAGUGGAAGAUGUGGUAUACAGAUGACAUGGACGGUCGACUUGUGCGUAAAGGGCAGGAGGACCACACGCAUUUGGCACAGAGACUGGCCAAGUCUUUCCCGACUCUGAUUAAUGAGGAUAAUCUGCGGAAUGGACGCAUGAAAAUAAUCACGAGUUCUAAACACAGAUGUGUCAACAGCACGAUCUCUUUCAAGGCAGGCUUGAUGAAGGCUUUGGGUAUUGAAGGUGAAGAGCUUGAGCAUGAGGUGAACGACGCUCUGAUGCGCUUCUUCGACCAGUGUCCCAGGUUCAGGUCGGAGGUGGAGGACAACAAGAACGCCCUGCUGGAGAUGGACAAGUUCCACCGUGGACCUGAGAUGCAGAGGGUGUACGAGAAGAUAGCCGAUAGACUCCAGGUCCCCUACAGCGCCAUCACAGAAGAAAUGGCUGAGGCUGCACUUUACUUCUGUGCUUAUGAGCUGGCCAUACACUCUGUGAACUCCCCCUGGUGUCAGCUCUUUGAUGAGGUGGAUGCGCAGGUGAUGGAGUAUGAAGCAGACCUGAAGCACUACUGGAAGAGGAGCUACGGCCACGAGAUCAACAGCAAGGCCAGCUGCAACCUCUUCCAUGACGUAUUCAAACGCAUUGACAAGGCCGCCUCGGACCUCAGUUCCGGCCAGGCGGUGGUGUCCGAGGCGGUGACAGUGCAGGUGGGCCACGCGGAGACGCUGCUCCCCCUCCUCACCCUGCUGGGCCUCUUCCGCGAGGCCACCCCGCUCACAGCCUCCAACUUUGCCCACCACAAUUCCGCCAGGGUGUUCCGCGCCGGCCGCAUCGUGCCCUACGCCGGCAACCUGGUGCUGGCCCUGUACCACUGCGACGACGGCCUCCGCCUGGAGACCAGGCUCAACGAGCAGCCGCUCCUGCUGCCCGGCGCCUCCUCUUACUUCCCGCUGCUGGAGGAGGUGAAGAGGAGCUACGCGGGGCUGCUGCAGGGCUGCGACCAGGCGGCCGAGUGCGCACUGCCCAGCGCCGGGCCUCAGGUCACCAGCCAGUGAUCAAUCACCUCACCUCUGUCCGUCUGUCCGUCAGCGGCACUGGUGGUGGCAGCUGGUGGUGAUGCUGUCUCAGCAUGAAAGCAACAUCAUUCGCAUCUCAACAAGCAGGGUCUAGUCACACAGUAAAGAAUGCAGAGUUCAUGCAACAUUUAAAGGAUCAAUUUAACAUCUUCUGGAGUGUAUUUGGUCCCAGUGUUGUACACUUAUGCCUCUUUUCCACUGUCGGUUUCUGGUAGACCUACAGCGCGACUUACUGCCACUUUUUUGCUUUUUCGAAUAGGCACGACACAGCUCAAUCAUGAAGCAAAAAGUGGUGGCUGAGUCGCUCUGUGUCAAGCUCUAGGCCAACCAGAAAACCGGCAGUGGAAAAGAGGCAUAAUUGUUGAAUUAACACUGCAUUUUUUACUGUGCCCAAUAUACACAGUAUUCCCAUAUCCACAAGUUCAUAAUGCGUGUGUACAGUACAUAUGGUGUCAUCCAAGAAGCCAGAGGGGUGCUCGUACCCUCUUUUUACAUUCACUGUGCCCUACAAGUUGGCCCUAUGCCAACAUUGAAACGUAGAAAAAGACUUCAAAGUAUUGGUAUUAGUUUGGAUAUUGUAGUUGCGGCAACAAUAUCUCUAAAACGGGACACAUUUGUACCAAACCAAACUAAACUAAUUUGCUUAAUACCCUUUCCAUGUGUUCCCUUUCCCUUUCCACUUGUUACACAAUCUACUUUUAGAUAAGACAUUACUAUGCUUGGUUUGCACAGCCCAGGUUUUUUGAGCAUUGUGAAUGUAACGUUAUGCUGCUAUGCAAAGAGAUUAAAGUAUUAUCUUUUGAUUUUCACUUGUGAUGUACGUAUUUGCAAUCAGUGAGUAAGUAUUGAUGCAAUGUGAGAAAUGCCAUUGCCAUCUGAUGUGAAAUAGAAUUGAAUGAACUCACUGAAAUAAAGUGUCUGAGGUUUUA